AGUCGCUCGGUGAGAGCGAGAGAGUGUGUGCGUGUGUGUGUUUGUGUGUGUGUCAGCAUGAGGAGCGCGAGGAUUCUGCGGCAGCUCGCGGUGACUGUUUGUAAACGUCAUCAUCAUCAUCAUCAUCAUCAACAUCAUCAUCGUUAUCAUCAUCAGCAGUCAGCCGGGAUCAUCGGAGCACCUUUCUCCAAGGGACAGCCCAGAGGUGGCGUGGAGCGAGGACCAGACCUGAUCAGAGCUGCAGGACUUCUGAACAAACUGCGAGAACAAGGUUGUACAGUGAAGGAUUAUGGGAACUUGGCGUUCGAGGAGGUGGUCGACGAUGAGCCUGUCGGUCGGGUGAAAUGUGCAAGAGCGGUGGGCAGCGCCAACAAGAGGCUUUCAGAUGCAGUGCAGGCUGUGAAGAGGGAGGGACACACCACUGUGAUGCUGGGAGGAGACCACAGCCUGGCGAUCGGCUCCAUCCACGGUCACUCAGCAGCGGUCGGGGAGCUGAGCGUCGUUUGGGUCGACGCUCACGCCGACAUAAACACACCGCUGACCUCGUCCACGGGAAACAUCCACGGACAGCCCAUGUCCUACCUCCUCCACGAGCUGCAGUCCAAGAUUCCAGUUUUACCAAACUUCUCCUGGAUCAAACCAUGUGUUUCAGCCAAAGAUCUCGUCUACAUCGGGCUGAGAGACGUGGAUCCAGGAGAGCAUUACAUCCUGAAGCUGCUGGGGGUGAAGGUGUUUUCCAUGUCAGAAGUGGAUCAUCUCGGUGUACCCAGAGUCAUGGAGGAGACAUGCGACUACCUCUCUGCCAAAGUGAAGAAGCCGAUUCAUCUGAGCUAUGACAUCGAUGCCAUCGAUCCCUCUGUUACCCCGGCGACUGGGACACCUGUAGUCGGAGGACUUACCUACAGAGAAGGAGUCUACAUCACUGAACACCUCUGUCAGACAGGUCUCCUGUCGGCGGUGGACAUGGUGGAGGUGAAUCCUCUCAGGGGUCGGACAGAGGAUGACGUCCAGUCCACAGUCAGCACUGCAGUCGACCUGCUGCUCGGCUGUUUCGGACGUCUGCGUGAGGGAAACCACUCAUCAGAUUACCGCCUGCCCGAGCCUUGAUGAGGACGACGCAGACCUCUCCCACUGCACUGACGGACACCUGAACUUCUCUGAUCACCAACAGUAAUUUGAAUUUGGUCCUUUAACAUGAUGUCAGUGAACUAAAGCUUGUGUUUACCAAACUGUCUGGUCUGUGACACUUUAAACCAAAGACACAAAGAUGAAGAUGUAAUGUCCAACUCUGCUGGAGCAAACAAGCACAAUGUCAUUUAUUCACUAACCUACUGUGUUAAUUACUUUUUGAAUGAUCUAUAGUCUAUAAAAUGUCAUAUAAGAAUAAAAAAAUUUAAAAGUGA